GGGCACGCACCGGAGGCCCCGCCCCGUGCCCGCCGCCGUCCGGGGAGCUCGCGCAAUCGGCGCCCUUGGGAGUCCGCGGGUCCCCCCUGCAGCCCGCCUGCUGGGCAGGGCCGACUUGGGCCGGCCAUGGAGUCCUACGACAUCAUCGCCAACCAGCCCGUGGUUAUCGACAACGGUUCUGGGGUUAUUAAGGCUGGCUUUGCAGGAGACCAGAUUCCCAAAUAUUGUUUUCCAAACUAUGUGGGACGCCCAAAACACAUGCGGGUGAUGGCUGGAGCCCUGGAGGGGGACCUUUUCAUCGGACCUAAAGCAGAGGAGCACCGAGGUUUGCUGGCCAUCCGCUACCCCAUGGAGCAUGGCGUGGUGCGUGACUGGAAUGACAUGGAGCGCAUCUGGCAGUACGUGUACUCCAAGGACCAGCUACAGACCUUCUCUGAGGAGCAUCCUGUUCUUCUCACGGAAGCACCACUCAACCCCAGUAAGAACCGGGAGAAGGCAGCUGAGGUGUUCUUUGAAACCUUCAAUGUACCAGCCCUGUUCAUCUCCAUGCAGGCGGUGCUCAGCCUGUACGCAACAGGACGCACGACAGGGGUUGUUCUAGACUCCGGGGAUGGGGUCACGCAUGCCGUCCCCAUCUACGAGGGCUUUGCCAUGCCACACUCCAUCAUGCGGGUGGACAUUGCUGGCCGUGAUGUCUCCCGAUACCUCCGGCUGCUACUGCGCAAGGAAGGUGCUGAUUUUCAUACCUCGGCCGAGUUCGAAGUCGUCCGGACCAUCAAAGAGCGAGCUUGCUACCUGUCCAUCAACCCACAAAAGGAUGAGGCCCUGGAGACGGAGAAGGUGCAGUACACACUGCCCGAUGGCAGCAUGCUCGAUGUGGGGCCAGCGCGCUUUCGGGCACCUGAGCUGUUGUUCCAGCCAGAUCUGGUUGGGGAUGAGAGUGAGGGGUUGCACGAGGUGUUAGCCUUCGCCAUCCACAAGUCCGACAUGGACCUGCGCCGGACGCUGUUUGCCAACAUCGUGCUUUCCGGUGGCUCCACACUCUUCAAAGGCUUUGGUGACCGAUUGCUAAGUGAAGUGAAGAAGCUUGCCCCGAAGGACGUCAAAAUCAAGAUCUCAGCACCCCAGGAGAGACUAUACUCUACAUGGAUUGGCGGUUCCAUCCUGGCCUCACUAGACACGUUCAAGAAGAUGUGGGUUUCCAAAAAGGAGUAUGAAGAGGAUGGUUCCCGGGCUAUUCAUCGGAAAACCUUCUAGUGCCCAAGGAGGAGGGUGUGGCAGGUGGGAAAAUGGGAGGUUGGGGAACCUGACCGGAGCCUGUGCUAUGGGCUUUGUGCUGGCUGGUGUCCCCUGCAUGUCCCAAGUCCCCGGCAGGGUGUGCCUGUGCUUCCCACUGCUCCCUGCUGUCCCACAGUAACCUCAGCUGUGUGGACAAGAGUCUUAACUGGAGUGAAGAACUUAAGGCACCAGUUUGGCAGUGUCCCAUGUGGCAGAGCCACUGAGGUCUGUGGUUCCUUGCUCGGCUCCUCAGGGUUGUUUCUCUGAGCACCAAAGCCAGACAAGUAGGUACCCCCACCUCCUCUGGCAGGAUCCCUCUGAAGGCUGGAGUGCAAGUGUGCUGGCUAAGGGGUGCCACUGCUUUGUGUGCCACCUCCUCCUGACCCAGCAGGGAUGCCCAAAGCCAUACCUCUGGACCACUGACGCUUUCACAGGGCAUUUAUGCCUUGGUGUUGACAGAGUAUUGGGAAGUCCCUGAUUGGACCCCGACCAUGCAGUCAGGGCAGAGGAUAUCAGGACCCCAGCAACCACUGUGGCCUGUGGUCCCCAUCAGUGUGGCUGUGGGCUUACUGUUCCCUGCCCUGGAGUCUUCUCUGAACCCUCUUACCUGCAGGGAUUUAGGCAGGAAAGGGUUCAUGGGCUUUGAGGCUGGGUGGAGCCAUUUCAUUAGGAGCUGGGCUUAGGUGUGGGACAGGGGAGAGGGGGCACAUUUUCUCCUACCCCCCAAGAAAGAGUGGCCAGGACCUCCCCACCUCCCUCUCCCAAAAAUGUACAAUAAUUUAACACAGCUGCCUGAAAAAGCAAAUGUUUUUGUAAAUCAAUUUAGUAAGUAAUAAUUAUGGACAAGG